AUGGCCCGCGAGGACGAGGCGCGGGGCGGCUGUCAACUCGCCGACCAGGAGCCGGAGUGCCAGAUCUGCUACAGCCGCUACGACGCCCUCGCCCGCCGGCCCACGGUGCUCCUCUGCGGCCACCGCCUCUGCGCCCGAUGCCUGCGCCGGAUGGUGGCCCUGGGGGACGCGUCGCCCCGACGACUUCGCUGCCCCUUCUGCCGCCGGCAGAGCCCGGUGCCCGGCGAGGACGCGAGACGGCCGCGGGACGACGGCGAGGGGCCGGCGCCGCCGACGCGCCGUGAGCGGGACCCCCCCUCGCCCCCCGAGGUCCUGCUGUCCCCCAGCGUGCUGCAGCCCUCGCCCGGCCCUGACUGCCUGGUGCUCACCAUCCUGGAGGUGCCCGCGGGAGCGGUGCCCACGGAGGCGCUGGGCGCUCUGGAGGUGGUCCGGCUGCAGAGCCGGCGGAAGAGCCGCGCCCGGAGGUGCCGAGCCGCCCCGCGCUGCCUGCUGGGCACGCUGUGCCUGCUGUACUGCAGCUCGCUGCCCCUCGGCAUCUACCUGCUGCUCAGCCAGCACCACGGCCUGGGCCUCGCGCUCGUCAGCCUCCUGCCCGCCGCCCUGCUGCUCUGCGUCUCCUGCAGCCUCUGCCAGUGCCUGUGCCGGGAGCUCUGCGCCUUCCCCUCACCCUGA